AAAGAAAUGAGCAUGAAUGAAGAAACAAAAAGUUGUUUGUUUUGUUUAUGGUACGCCAUGGCGGAGCGAGUUGGUGACGGUGAUUUUUUGGACGAAAAUAUACAGAAAUUCAACAAUGAAAGGCGGAGCAGUAAACAGUGGGUUAAACUUAACGUUGGCGGAACAUAUUUUUUGACUACGAAAACAACGUUAUCUAGAGACCCUAAUUCAUUUUUAUAUCGAUUAGUACAAGAAGACAGCGAUUUGAUUUCAGACAGGGAUGAAACUGGCGCAUAUUUAAUAGACAGAGAUCCUACUUACUUCUCACCAGUCCUUAAUUAUCUCCGUCACGGUAAACUGGUUAUUAAUAAUGAUAUCGCCGAAGAGGGUGUGCUUGAAGAAGCUGAGUUUUAUAAUAUAACCGAACUUAUAAGAUUAGUUAAGGAAAGAAUAUGUUUAAGAGAAAGGAGGCCCCUAAAAGAUUCCAAAAAGCAUGUGUACAGAGUGCUACAAUUUCAUGAGGAAGAACUCACACAAAUGGUGUCCACUAUGUCUGAUGGGUGGAAAUUUGAACAGCUGAUAAAUAUUGGGUCUCAGUAUAAUUACGGAAAUGAUGAACAUGCUGAGUUUCUUUGUGUUGUCAGCAGAGAGUGUGGCAGUUCUCUCAAUAGCAAUGAUAUAGAACCAACAGACCGUGCUAAGGUGCUUCAACAAAAAGGUUCCCGAAUGUGAACUUAACUUGUAUUUAAUAUUUUUUGAGACUGUCAGCUCUGUGUGUGGAAAUGUGUACAUAUUUUUAGAGUGUAAACAGUCUAUAUACUUCUUUUUAUUUCUGUACUAUGUAAAACUUGUUUAGAGUCCUGCAAUAACUGUUUAUUGUUGAGUGGUAUCUGUAUCUUGGUCUUCUACUUCAGUAAUUAUAAUUAUUAGGGAAAUACUCAAUUGGUGUAAAGUGUGAAAAUUUGAAUAGAAUAAACUUAAAGAUGAUUUAAUCUUUUGACAGCUUGCUUUUGGUGACAAUACAAAUGACUGUAGCAAAAUGGUUUUAUAAAUCAUUGUAAAUAAUGUUUAAUCUACUUAUAGAUUCAUCACACAUGUAAUACUGCAUCUGGCAGUUGAGACAUGAAUAAAUUAGUAUUAGAAUUGUAAAAGUUUUGCUGCAGUCAAAUGUAUGUAUACCAAAAUUCUAAUUUAAGUGCAUUCUGAAUAGAGAGAAAGCUGUGUUAAAUAGAUAUGGACCAAUGUAUGAGUUCUUAUUAAAGGUUUUUAUGAUUCUCUCAUAUUUUCGUACAGUCCAGCAGACUAUAAAACCACAUUUUGUAAAUAUAAAAUGUCCCUCGAAUCAAUAAUCAAUUCCAGAUAUUAUGCUCAUUUUUACCAAAUGUAAUAUUAGAAGUUACAAUUAAAA